UCAGCUUUAUUUAAUGAGUUUUUUUAUACCACUAUCUUAUCAAGUGAGCCGCCAUUAUUCACCAAUAUAAUCGGCAAUGGCAGUGUUCAGUGAUUUAGAUUUGUUCAGCUCAAUAAAUCAAAUUCUUAUUCAUCCAAAGUAAUUCCCUAAUUAACCACCACUCCUUAACUUGCUAGACCUGGUUACACUAAAAUUGAAAUUAAUUCUUUAUCUGUGGUUAAACUUUGAGUAGAUUUACCUCACACCUCUAAAAAGUUAGUGUCAAGAAUACUGAGAUUACACGAAAAGUAACCAUACACACUACUUCAUCUCUCUGUACAUAAAACUGACCAAGUAAAUAGAAGACUCUAGUUGUUAAUGGACUCAUUUCCAUAAGUGCUUGAAUCACAUGAAUGACUUGGACUACAGUACUUAGGGGAACUUGAACAAUUUGUCCACUGAAGCCACCCGGUGAGUGAACUGAAUUCGUGGCUUCUUCCGCUGCGCGCUUGUUUUUGGCCCGUAGCUGUUUUCUGUUCGGCAAGAUUUGACGGCUUCUCCGUAAAGAAACRAAACCGACAGAGUGCUUUGCGUUAACUGAAGACAUGUGGAAUGCUACUAACUGAGUCAAAGAUAUUUWAAAAACAGUAAGAAUGAAGAAAAGUCACCAUCGUAAAUCAAGUACCGACGUAAUCCUGAGAAAAGCUAUCGAAGACAAUGAUAUCGCACAGGUGAGAUUCGUACUUCGAUUCGAGAGUGACAAGAUCAAUGAUCAAGAUCAGAAUGAUAUGACUGCGCUUCACUGGAGCUGUAUUCAUGGUCGACUAGAAAUCAUCGGUGUUCUGCUUGACCAUGGUGCAAAUAUGGAAAUCYGURACUCAAAAGGAUGGACAGCUUUGCAUUUUGCAGCCAAYGGAGGAUUCCUUGAUGUGGUUGAGYUGUUGUUGGCAWCGUACGCUGAUGUCACAGUAACUACCAACGAUGGUAAAAGUGUAAUUGAUGUUGCGAUGGGCGAAGGGAUGGUAUUUCUGCUUGCUACAGGGUUUAUUAAAUCAGGGAAGGAGGAUUUACUUCUACGAUACUUCAACGAUUCAACUACUAGUCUUCAUUCUAUAGAUGAAGGUGAUGAAGACAGCCUUGUUUCUUCAUCAACACAAAGUGAACUUUCGCGGGAAAUAUGGCGAGCAAGUCAACAUUUGUUGACAAAGUCUUUAUCGUUUAGUAUCAGCUCGAAAUCAAAUCUGAAAAUAUCGACCAGCGAGUAUGUGAUUGCAGAAAAAGUUGAAACACUAGAAGAAAAAGAAAAAGUUUCACUGAGAAAGAAUUCAACUCCUACUAUGAAUGCUGGACAUUCUUCAACCACAAAGAAGCAAAAGCUGAAUAAUUUUGAUUCCUCGUUUUCCCCGGGCGUCCUGAAAAGACUUGCAGUAAGUGAAACUAAUCUAAAUAAAUCGCAAGAGAYGGAUAGUAAUAAUAACAACAGAGACAAAGCUACACCAUGUGGGACAAUCAAUCGGACAUCUAAUUAUUACGCGCUCAAUACUAUGGAAUCAGACACUCAAAUAGCUGGUGAAGCCGAAAAGAUGUAACAUGGAUGUCUCCGAUUAUUUGGUCUUGUUUUUUAUUAUGAAUCGUUGAAAACAAAUGAUUUUGAAACACAAAAGCUUUAACAUGAAGUAAAAAAACUGAGAGUUAUGUCUGAGACGGCUUAACCGCGAAAAUGCGAUUGGUUUGUGGGCAAGACAGUCUGGAUGUUAAGAGAUAUAAAUGGUUGAUAAACAUCCAUGAUAGUAAAAGAUAAAUUGAGGUAAAUGGAUAAAGAAUGCAUCUGUCUUUUCCUUAAUGGUUUCCAAAACGCUUUGAAAAACAAAUAUCUGAUAUCCCAUAUAACUACCGCCAACAGAACAAUUUUGCUUGAUUCAUUAAUAAAGAAAUAAUUACAAAAUUCUGCGAAGACAGCUAGCAAAUGAUGGGGAAAAGAUAUCAGUGUCAGAGAAUAUCAGGAAAGGAUUUUUCCAUUAGCAAUAUAGGCAUCAAUACUUGAUAAGAAGCUUGGAGAAUCUUUCUAGGAUUGAUUCAAUAUUCACUGCCAUGUACGUGUUACAGCGAAGAAUUUGCUAGAAAAACAAACGUAGUCUUUGUGGGACAGUUAGUAUAAGAAGAACAAAUAAUGAACGAUGUUUGUGUCAUCUUCAACGACAUUCUUAAGACGAACCGUGACAUGAAGAAGACAAAUUGGAAUAGCACGACUCUUUUUGCUCCCACAAUUAAUUCAGGAUUAAAUUAACGACUCUAUGAUGAUUUUGCUGAAUUCUUUCUCCUUAUGCUUUUUAAUUUCGCAACGAAAAAAAUCAUCUAAAAUCAUCUAUUAGGUAUUCAAUUUUUGAUUUUAGUUUACGUUUGGGAAAACUGUGGGGGRAAACGCCAUGAGCGAUGUUACUUGAUGUUAACUUGUAAACUCUKCAUUUCCUUGCUCUAUAUGUUCAAUGAUAUAUAUGUACAUAGAUUAAUGUUAUACUAGAUUAAGAGUUGAAUAUUAUGUGUGCAAACACUGAAUUUAUUUUCUGAGCUGGCUGACCAAAUUCACAGCCUUGCGGGAACAAGAGUUGGUGAAUGUCGUGGUGUUUCGGCAGAGAAAAAUUCAGAAAGAGUCAAUUUGGGCCUCAAAAUAUCUUCGUAAUAUGUGGUGAAUUCAUAUUUUGACUAAAUCUAUGRAAAAAAAAUACAAAUUAAUAAUUCAUUAGCGGUAGAAACAGCAUAUAUUUUUUUAUGAUAAAUAAGUACAAAAGACGUAACAUUAAUACAGUGUUCUCCCUGGAUGAUGAGCGAGGACGACAGUAGUAAACUCGAAGAAUUAUAUGAAAAUUAUUGUUAUUAUUAUCAUGUCAAAUGAAUACGAAAAUAUUGUAAAAUAUUAAUGAUUAUUUUUCCACAGAAUUCGUUAGUAUCUGGUUGUACCAAAAUAAAAGUAAUCAUAGAUUUA